CGCCAUCAUUUUAGACUUUGUGCUCUCUUGCCACCAAUAACGUUGUUGAUUACCAGCAGCUGUUUUUAAUUAGUUUCACAAAACAUGUUCAAUAGUUCAGCAGUUAUUGAUUGGGGCAGUAAGACCGAACAUGUCGUGUGACAGGGACUAAGUGAAGGUAAGUAAACAGUAAGAAAGUUCUUGUUGCAGCACACAAAUACUGGACCACCUUUAUUAAAAUAAACAGCGUUACUUUUUUUUUUUUACAAUCCAUGCACUAUUUAACAUACAUAAUGAUAAAUAAUGUUGUUUAGUAUAAACUGGAUUUAUUGAUUCAUCAAUUUUUGACGUCCUCAACUUCUUAUUAAAAGUCUAAAUGAAAAAUGGACAAAGAUUCCUUUAGAUAUAAGACCACAAUCACUGUUUCUUUACCAUCAUUUGUGAAAACAUCUUGCGAACCAUGGAAAGGUUCAGAGCAUUCAGGGCCUUGGGUCUGUUGAGAGUUAUUACCCCUGUGUUGUUAAUUACUUGAAAAAGUAUUUCCUCCCCAGCUUUUGAUGACAUCUGAGACAUUUUCUGGGCAGAAUGGAAAUAAUAGCAAUUUAAAUUAGAUGGGAUAAAUCAUCCUUUUUUUUGACAAAAAAAUUCCAACAAAAACAAUUAUAAAAAAAAAAUUAUAUUUUAAACUACAGUGUUUCAAUAGCAAAAAUAAUUGGCAUUUGAACAUGAUAAAGGAAAUGACUGAAAAGCGUGUUAUCUGCUAAGUGUGAUUAUUAUAAUAGCAUUGCAAUACUGAUUGAAUUUACCUAUUACUACAUCAUAUUCUUGCUAGAAUACUUUUAAGACACAUUUCAGCUUUUAAACUUAAUUUUAUUCUAGAUCAUUUUUUUGUAUUAACUUAAUAAUGGUAAUUAGGUUAUUUGUUACAAUUUCAAUGUUUAAACAAGAGACCUAAUUAUUGCUUUGCUACAUUAAAAAAUGAUGAUGAAAAUAAGCUUUUUUCUCACUUCAUUUUUGAAUUAUCAAUUUCAUUUUAAAAAUUAAACCAUGAGCCACAAAAAAAUUCAAAUAAACACAAAUUUUAAUCAAGUGAGCUAAGAAAUCCAAUGAAAGGUCAAGACUUACCAGAUGUUGGACAACAACAUGUAACCGUAGAAUAGACCUGAAUUUGAAAAGUAAAACAGUACUUUAUGAAAAAUAACAGGUAAAUCAAAACAAAUCCUAUUAUACAUCAAUAAACAUUUGAUUACUCCUGUCAAUUAUAUGCGUAUUUAAAUCAUGCAGUCUUUACAAAAAAUCAUUUUUCAAACACAAGUUUUUCACAUUUUUUAAAAACCGUGACAUCCAACCAAUACACUGAAAUAAAGUUAAACAAAUUCAUUAUAACCGUAGACUAUGACAGGGGUUCUAAAACUUCAUAAACAGGGGGGCCUCAGACACUGUUUGUGGAUCAGACUACAGUUUAAAAUAAAAUAUGCACAAAUUCCUAUGUUUAGUGCAAAUCGAACAGGAAAAAACAAUACAAUAUUUUUACUGCGUAACAAUAUAAAUCAACAUAUUUGCCAUAAAGCUAUGGGUCUUUCAAAUAAAAGUAUGGGCCAGGCUUUUGGCGUAAAGAUGGUCAAUGUUCAGUUUCAUACAUGUCACCACAGAUGAGGUUAAGGGCCACAACCAGGUCAGAUCUGGUCUGCCGGCCAUAGUUUAAGGACCCCUCAUCUACAAUAUUGAUUAACAAAACAGAUUUAAAUAGAUUUUUACCUAGGAAUCAUAUCAGGUCACCUGGUGCUUCUUACACAGCUCAAAAAGAUCUUCAGUUGACCAACUGUAUUAAGACUAUUUUGGCAUGAAGUGAUAUUAGUGAGGUCUAAAGAUUUGAUUAAUUUGUCUUGAGUCAAUUCAAUGGUGUAGUAUUCUAUGGGAAAGAAAAAGUAAAAUUAACAAGGGCUGAAGAAGCAUGCCAGGAAAUCAAAUAAGAUGACAACGAUUACAGGCAAAUAUUUAGUUGGAGUUGAAAAAAGUUUAGGAAGCCAGUGUCUUUUGAAAACAAAUCCUUAAAAGUUGACCUAACCAGCAGUCAUACUGGUUAAGAGAACCAUGUCAAAGCAUGCAAAUAUAUAAUUUAGAUGCAUACUAAUACUAUAAGAAUAGUCUAUAAAUGGCAGAUUUAGUAAAUACCAGAAAAUAAAUAAAUAUUGUAAAAGUCCCCCUUAAACUUAAACAUGAUUGAUAAAUUAUUGAAAUGAAACUUAAAGCUGUUUGCAUGCAAAGCUUAAUUUACUUAAAUUUUUUCCUUGUUAGGUUUGUGACUGGAAACUGCAGAUUAUUUGGUGCAACACUAUCAAUAUCAUAAUCACAAUAUCUAGGAGCAGUAGGGCUACUCCUGCUUUUACUUUUAUUAUGAUUUUAAUGUUUGCUAAAUGAAACUAAAUGUAAUACACAUCUUAAUGAUUUUGAAAAGUUGUUACAGAACAUUAUUGAUUUUAGUAUUUAUAUUCCUAGGCUUAAUUAAAUGUAAUUUUAAAAAAGUUGACUGUGUAACAAUAGUAGUAGUAAUAUAUAUUGAGUUAGACUAGAUUGGCCUCGUGAGGUGCAGCCUUUUUGGACUGUCAGGGCCCUUUUCACAAGCCCUGCUAUAACUUCGCACAAUUUUUUAAUAAAAUAAACUAAUUAGUUUACAAAUCUAAAAUUUUGUUUAUUCUUGUAGGGCAUUGAAUGAAUUGAUAUGAUCUUUAUGACCCAAACUGAAAUCUCAAUAGUUAUGUAAAUGAGAUAUCCCGAUUUGCAUAUUUAUGUAUGCCAAUUUUUUGUUACACUUAGAAUAAACAUGCAUUUCAGAAUUUUGUUAAAUUUCAUAAUUGUUGAAGCCUAAAUAUAAGUAUUCACAAACAUUUGAAUGAGAUUCAAUGUGAAAAACUGCAUAUAAUAUUCCAAUGGAGGUGCUUAUGCCUCUUGGCUUAUUUCAAAGUCACAUGGUUUUUUAGCAUUUAUAGGGGUCACUAGGUAAAAAAAAAAGACUGAUAUAAAAUGACUGAACACCGUAAACUAUCAGUGGAAGUCACCAUUAAAAUGGCAAGAUGAGCUAAACUUGCCAGAAACAAUCUGAUUAGCUGGUACAAAGAAAAGCCAACCAAUCUACUUCUUCUUCCCGUAAGCACUGGGCUCUUUCAAAUGUUGAAGGUCCCAUCGUGAUGUCCAUACACAGCAGGCCCAUUUGAUGCAGUCUGUGCAAGUCAUGUAUGAAGGUUAAAAAGCCCUGCUUGGGGUGGGGGGAGGUGGAGCUGGAGGGAGGGAGUAUGCUUGGUGAAAUAGUGGAGCUAAAAAGUUAAAACCAUUUACAAGACAUUGGGGGCUUAGGGAUUGGGGGGAGGCUGACUGCAGGGGUCCGCUACCACAGAGCUGUGACUUGAAUGACUACAGGAAGGGGAAUAUGUGUUGGCAAGGGGGAGAUUGCUCCACUCAGAGAUUGUCAGAGGUACGAAUGAAUGGAACAGGGCAGGGUGGAAAUCUUGCUCUUGAUGAAUUUUUGUUCCUCUUUUCUUUCAUCCAAGAGUUUAAAGAAUUCAGCUUUGAUGAUCUCAGUUAUGCUAUUAUUGAUUAUGUACAAGAUCCCUAGUCUGUUGAUUCUCCUUUUUUCUUCUAGGAUGGUCCAUCCAAAGUUGUUAAGCAUGCGUGUGACUGUGUCACUCUGUCUCUAAAGUUGUGGUAGAAAUAUCUCGCAGCAUGUCUCUGCACAAUCUCUAGGACAGUUUAGUUUCACUGUCUAUGUGGAUCCCACACAGUUGAGGCAUAUUCAAGGGUGGGAUGGACCAUGAAUUUGUAGGUUGCCGCUUUCACUUUUGGUGUACAUUCCCUGAAAUUCCUCUGCAAGAAACCAACUAUGCUGUUUCCAUCUGCAGAUAUGUUAUGAAUAUUUUUGCUCCUUGUGAGGUUGUCUUGAAAGUUCUCCCAGGUACUUGCUUUGAGUUGUUUUGAGUUUGCGUCUAUGAAGAUAAUAAAUGGAUGGUAGAAGUUCCUCCUUUUUUCUAGAUCAGAUAUUGAUGACUACACCUUUGCUGGGAUUGAAUUCCAUCUGCAAGUUACGAUACCAAUUCUCUAAAGCUACCAGAUCUUGUUGGAGGAGGACCUGGUCAUCUUGAUUCUUAACUUUUCUAUAAAGUAAAAUAUCAUCUGUAAAAAUUUUUACACUAGUAAUUGCCUCUAAAAGAUCAUUGAUAUAUAAGAAGAAUAGAAGGGAUCCUAAUACUGUGCCUUGUGACAGUCGAGAAGUAACUCUUUCGAGUACUACCCUUUAUGCUCUCUCUGACAGGAAGCUUCAAAUACAAUCUAGUGUUGAAACUCUGACUACGAAAAAGUGAAUCUUGUUGAAUGCUUUGGAUAAUUACAGUAAGACUUUUAUUAAUGGGCCGAUGGAUUGGUCUUUUUUUUAAUUUUUUUUUACAAUUUGACUCAAAUGAGCCCAGCCGUCUCAAGAGGGUUAAGAUAGACAUGUGAUUGUGAUAUAAUUAUACUAAUAGGCUAUAGACUAUAGGCCUAGGGCUGAGACACUGCUUGCAGACCACAAAGUUCUCUUUCUAAUCUAAACUAAAAUUAAAAUAGAAACCGAGACAGGCUAAAACAAACAGUGAACGAUGAAUAAUAUAGUAUGUAGUCUAAAUGAAUUAGAUCAGACAGAAAUAGCAAAUACUAUUUAAAUAGGCCUAACUGUAACAGUAACUCAGUAACUAUAACAAAGGUAAAGACUAAGUCCUAAGUCAAGUCUAAGUAGUCCAACCAAUUACCAUUCAAUAGUUUUAAAAUUAUUCCUGUCUAGUGUCAGUCUAGUGCCAGUUUUGAUUUUGACAAUGCUGUUGUGUACUUGACAAUUUAUAAUCAAUGAAAAACAUUGAUUAUUAAUCAUUGUUAUUAGUUAUAUAACACUAUUAACAUGAAACAAUGUCAACGAAUGAUUGAUUUAAAUUUAAAAAAAUGAUUGAAAAUGCUCUAAAAGUCUAAAACAAAACAAAAAAAGCAGUGCGCAGGGACUACUCACUCAAUUGUACCUAGAAAAAUAAUAAUUAAAAAACGAAUGGACUUUAUUUGUAGUGUCUAUGUUAAUUUUCUAAAAACUCUAUAAGAUUCUUUCAAACAUAUAUUCCAUAGGAUAUUGUUUUUCUUAAACAGUAAUUUUUAAAUCAAUUAAUAAUAAUGUUAUCCUCAUCGAAAGAUUUCCUUGAAAUACCAAAGAUACGAACUCAUUUAGUUAGGAGUUCAUUAACUUAUACGGUAUGCUCUUAGGUAUUAAAAAACCAUUUAAAUCAGACUUAAACUGUAAGUAGGGAAACCUGCUAGGCCUACUGCUAUUUCACACACAUUUAGAAAUGUAAAAAGCUAAAGCAAGUCUUGGUCACUUACAAAAAGUAACAUUAAACGGGUUACAAUUUGAAAAAACAACAACAACACAUCAGACAUUUUUUAAAACUAAUACACAUUAUUAGGCUUUUUCCUUUGUCGUGUCUCUAUCCAUGGGCGCCCGCAGAAAACUUUCUAGGGGGGAGGGGACAAAAAAAUCGAUUAACUUUCCGGGGGGGGGGGGCAAAAUUUUUUUAGUNUUUUUUUUUUUUUUUUUUUUUUUUUUUUUUUUUUUUUUUUUUUAUUUUUUUUCCCCAACCGCGGGGGGGGGGGGGGGGGGGCUGCGGGCGCCCAUGUCUCUAUCUAUUUUAGACUUUUCACUUUAAAAACCUCGGGUUUUAAACGUCCAUGGGAUGUAGCCUGUUAUGACCUAGUUCGAAACACUAGGUCAUUUUUUUUGGCCACACACCACAUUGGCACCCAAAGAUAUGUAAUGCCCUCCCCCCCCCACCCUAUUGAAAGAGCUGGAAAUAAAGAAUAAGAUUGCCCAACAUGCUCCCGUUAGGAAAUGGCAAUUUGAAUUUCUCAGCCUCUUCAGCGUUGUAAGCCGAAACUUAAAAUAAGUGAACCCUUUUAAACUUAAAAUAAGUGAAAAAUUUUAAACUUACAUUAAGUUUUAUAUUUUUAUGUUGCAACAAAUGACAAACAAUAAAAAUGUUUAACUUUUAAAAAAAAGUGUCCUAUCUAACAGGAGCAUUCACCCCACCCACACUAUAUAAAACACAAAUACCUUGACCCCUAGUUCACGGACUAAAUGUCCUCCCUCCUCUCCACAAACACUCUUUAGACUGCCCCCUGUAAGAAUGCCCCACGCUGACAAUGACUGUACUAGGCAAAAGGCCUAACAUUUUCAUCAAGUAGAGCGAAAAACAAAAACAACAACAACAAAUCCCCCUGUUUAUCAAGAAACGCAGUAUCCCUUUCUUCUUCUGUGUACCUAUGUCAUGUAAUAAUAAUAAUAAUAAAGUUUAUUUGAAAAACACGCUUCAUCCCCAAAAGCUCGAAGCUCGGUACAAAGUCAACCACAUUAAAAAGAAAUAAAACAAUGUAAAAUUUACCACAUUUAAAAACAGACACAACAAUAUAAAACUACAUACGAGCAUACCCAGUCAAAGUCUUUCAUCCCGUUUCAACCAUAAGCAACACAAGCCAAUAUACAUUAACUGGAAAAGAUGGUAGAUGGCAUCACCCCAGAAGGUGUUUGCGAAAUAGAUGUUUUUUUAAAUCGGUUUUAAAGGACUCCAGUGUCUGGCUGUUUCUGAGAGCGAGUGAACUUUAUUUGUAGUGUAGAAGAAAUAAUUUUUGAAAACGAGCCAUAAUCUUAAAAAAAAAAAAAAAAAAAAUUUUAAAAAAAGGACAAAAAAUUAAAAAAAAAAAAAAAAAAAAAAAAAAAUUCCAAGAUCAAGUAAAGCAAUUUCUCUUUAUAGGGCUAUCUGAUGAUGUUGAUGGGCUACAGAUUCUCAAACAGAAUGAAGUGUUUUCCCUGUCUACUUCUUGCUUGUUUUGUCGGCCUCACGUUACAACAAGGUUGUUUAAGUAAAUAUUAAUUUAAGAAUUUUUAUCACAAGUGUUAUAGAGAGCUUGUUUACAUAAUAUUUCUCGUGCGUGCCCUCUGAUUGACCCCGCAUGAGACGCUGUGUUCACAAAGGGGUGUGGCUUAGACCUUUGAAGUAUCUUGUUUACAAUCGGCUUCCAAUUACGCAUUGGGUAGAUAAUUGUCUCCGGGUAAUUUCUGGAAUAUACUCCUUAACCCGAGAUAUGUAAACAACACGUCAUAAGCCCUUCUGGAAGCGUCUUACUCUACAUAUAUAUAGGGGAUUGACAGGCACGACGAGGGAUGGAUAUUUUUUUCAGAUAGAUUUUCUUAACAUUACGAGGCGUGUUUUAUUAUUUGUGUGCUCCUACUUAUAUGUGUUUAUUUCGCAUUAUUUAUUGGCAUCAUUAUUUCUAAUUGUAUUAACUGUGUACCGGUACAAGAUCUACCAUACUGUAAGUUGAAGAUUGUACUUAUAUUUUUUCUUUUCUUUUGUAAUUAUCUUAAGACAUAAUAAAUCUUAAUUAAUUGUAACUAGAAACUGUUUUGGGUCGUAUCUUUAAUAUUGUUGAUUCUAUGGUAUCGUCCUUUGUUAGGCACUGUUUAUAACGAGCCAAAUUCAAAUUAAAACAGGACAUUAAUUUCUCCCAAUACAAGUCAGUGCGUAACACAAGAGACAGAUAAAAAAAGAUAUAAUAUAGAUAUAUUAUAUCAUCAAUGUCUAUAAAGGAGACCUAAUGGUUCUGAACAAAUUUGAUUUAAAUUUAAUAUAUAUCCGUAGCAUUUUACCUAACCUAUCUCCAAGUAAAUCCGUAUUGUAAUAAUGCGAUGUUGUUUUUCGUAAGUAAUGAGAUGUUGGUAAUUAUAGAGGAUGUUAUGAAAUGUUUUUUUUCGAUAAUAUGUUCCUGAGAAUGCGUUGAAUAGACGAAACGCUUCUUGGUUUAUGGGAAAUGCCUGGAUCAGGAGAUUCCGGUGGUCAAAGGAAAGUAUUUGGGAUGUAAAAAAAAAUGUUUAAUAUAGAUGGUGAGUGUUGUUUGUGCUCCCUUUGGAAUACACCGAGACACAACCCACACACCAUUAGUCAUAAGAUGGACGCAACACGGUACUACCCUGUGCGGGAACGUACGGCGCUGCUACUGAACGCUUCUUCAGACGUGUCUGCUCUUACAAUAGGGAUGCCAAUUUUUCCACACCGAUUUAGUUGCCUAGUUGACGCCCCGUGAAAGGGGCGCCUCUGCUAUUUAGAUGUGAUUAGCAGCACAUAAUUCCAUGUUAUGCACAAAUUGCACUCGCUAUAAACUAGAGCACAUGAUUUUAAGCUUAGUUUUCACUAUUUUAAUGUGAGCUGCUUUUGAAAAAAAAUAAUCUCAAAUCCAAAUUUAAAUAAUAAGGCUUUGAUAAAUUUAAAAUAAAAAUUAUGCAAAUUAUUACUAAAACUAUUUUUGUGUUAGCCCCUCCCACCCCUUACAACAGUUCUUCUAUUCUCAAAAAGUGGUUAAUAGGCCCCAGUAAAUUAUUUAAGUAGAGUUAUUGUUUAUUUAAAUAUUACUAUUGAUUUAAACACAUUUGGCUAGAAACUUAAGCUAGAAGUAAAGCAAUGGAAAGAGUGAAUCCAUUCUGGAUCAAAAUCGUGUCAAAUAAUAUCUAUACGACGGUUCAAACAAGACGCAGUCUAUUUAUAGAUACGCCAGAGUGUGGUUCAAUAAGGAGUUCACUAGCGUGAAAAAUAUAAUUCCCGAUAACUACGCUAUAUAUAAUAUAUAUAUAUAAUAAUAAUAAUAAUAAAGUUCAUUUCAAAAACACGCUUCAUCCCCAAAGGCUCGAAGCGCGGUACAAAGUAAAAAAAAAACAAAUCUAUAGUUUACCACAUUUAAAACAAAUGCAACACGACAAAAACUAAGUACAAGCAUUAUAACAAGUGUUUUUGAAUCCAAGCCUAGAUAUAUAUAUAUAUUUAGUAACGCAAUUGCGUUUGGUGCGUAACAUUUUCUUUUCGGAAAUGAAAUCGUCUCAAUUUAAGUAUUGUAUACAAAGUAUUCGGUUUAAAAGUGUUUGGGACAUGAGAAUAUUAUUUUAGUUCAUGGGCGUGAAAUAAAAAGUGUGCAGUGACGUCUCAUGGGGGAAGGGGUGUAGCAAAUUUUGGGAUUCUUUUAAAUGUGCGUUACUUGAGUUCAUGUUUUGUCAAGUAACUUUACUAGAUGGGAAGUUCACGCAUUGUUGUCGCCCAUGUUUGGCCGGCUAUAUCUAUAGUUAUUAAUAAUAAAAUAAAGGAUUUUGCGUUCCCUUCUUUUAUCUGCCACGGUCCUGUUUCUUUUUUUAAAAUAAAAAUCCAUUUUUUAUUUCGGCUAGUCAUUUUUUUUCGACUUUCAUAAAUUAUGUCAGUGGAUUUUACAUAUAGUGACAGGGAGUGGUAAUAUAGGGGUCAUAGUAUAGACAGGGAGUGGUAAUAUAGGGGUCAUAGUAUAGACAGGGAGUGGUAAUAUAGGGGUCAUUGUAUUGACAGGGAGUGGUGAUAUAGGGGUCAUAGUAUAGACAGGGAGUGGUAAUAUAGGGUUCAUAGUAUAGACAGGGAGUGGUAAUAUAGGGGUCAUUGUAUUGACAGGGAGUGGUAAUAUAGGGGUCAUAGUAUAGACAGGGAGUGGUAAUAUAGGGGUCAUUGCAUUGACAGGGAGUGGUAAUAUAGGUGUCAUUAUAUUGACAGGGAGUGGUAAUAUAGGGGUCAUAGUAUAGACAGGGAGUGGUAAUAUAGGGGUCAUAGUAUAGACAGGGAGUGGUAAUAUAGGGGUCAUAGUAUAGACAGGGAGUGGUAAUAUAGGGGUCAUAGUAUAGACAGGGAGUGGUAAUAUAGGGGUCAUAGUAUAGACAGGGAGUGGUUAUAUAGGUGUCAUAGUAUAGACAACAAUGGUUCGGUCAGUGUUAUAUUUUACACUCUAAAUACGCACAUAUUUAAAUGCAGUUUUAUGGAUUAAUAUCUACACCAGGUUACCAGGGGUUGUAAAAAGCUUAGAGCUCAUGGGUUAAUAGCCGGCAACAACAAAGGAGAUCUUUAAACAUUUUUUUUUAAUAUUGUGCUCUGUUUGUUGUCGUAUUUUCAUUUGUCCUGUUCGGUGAAGAAAGCUCUAAGAAGAAACGUUCUCAUCUUUUUCUCCUGUCUUUUGAUUCAAGCUUCAAUAUAUCUUCUUAUACUAUUUCAUUCACGCAGCUUGAAUGCAUUCAUUCAUUUAUUAUCUUUUAAUAUCUAUGCCAGGCUAACACGUGUUGGAAAAAACUAGUAACUCACUGAUUAAUCCUUUUAUCGGGCUACCAAAGGUUGUAAAAAGCGAAGAAAUUGCGAUCUUGUUUAAUUGUAUGGCAUCGCAACUUGACCUAGUGCUUUAGGGAAAAUGUGAACAAGAAAGAGCACAAAUUCAUUUAUUUUAGUGAGUCCAUCCACCCCUGUGGGACCACAGCCCAAGUAGGGUUUUGACCUGCCUCACUACUUCCUUCCACUCAGACCUGAUACUUUUCUUUUCCAUGCUUGGAUUCCCAGCUGCUGUAGUUCUUUUCCCACAUCAUUCUUCCAUCUAAGCCUAGUUCUGCCUUUGAGCCGUUUACAUCUGGGGGUUUUGUGAUGUAUCUCUUGACUCCUCUGUCAUUUGGAAUUCUUUCCAAGUGUCCUGCCCAGCGUAGCCUACUCUUUUUUAUUUCUGCUACUAGCACGGGAUUCUGAUACAGACUGUACAAUUUCUGGUUGGUUCGUAUUCCCCAUCCAUAUUCGUACUUUGUCGGUCCAUAAUUUCCGGAGAACUUUUCUAUCACAUCUGUUUAGUAUGUUUUCUACCGUUUUGUUAGGGUAUGUUAAAACUGGUCUGAUAACAGCGUUAUAUAUAGUUUUCUUUGUUUUUCUUGUAAUGUUUUUACUUUUGAGUAUUGUCUUACUACUGAGAUAUGCCAUGUGUCCGGCCUAUAUUCUUUCGGGUUUUUUUCUGUUAGUAAUUCAUAUUUUAGCGAUUGUAUAACUGAAAUUAGAUAAACUUGGAUUGAGUGGGUGGGGGCCAGGAGGGGGGACGCUUAGGGAGAAAUUGAGUUUGGCGUCCCGUAGAGAUUUUAAUACAUUUUGUAUGCGAUGCAAUAAAAUAUUUCAUAUUUCAUGACUUAUCCACUUUGAUAAAUAAGUAAAUAUCCAUUAUGUAAUCUAAUCAAGCUUAUGUGUUGAAAACAUUUUAAUUUGCUUGUUUUCAAUUCCAGAAACCAAAGAAUGGACGACAGUCUGUCAUCCAAACAUUAUGGCAGAUAUCAUAUUUCUAUUGGACGGGUCCGUGAACAUUGGUAGGCACAACUUUGAGACCAUGCUACAGUUCGCCGCUGAUAUCACCGACGAGUUCAACAUCGGAAAGGACGUCAGAUUUGCUACCGUCAUCUUCCACAGAAAGGGGAUAAAGCAGUUUGAUUUGGACACAUUUUCCGACCACCAAUCUCUCACUGUCGUAAGAUACAUAAAUGCCUUUAUUUAUUUAUAAACAAAUAAAUUGUCCACAAUCAAUCAUAAAUAUAAAGCCCAACAGCAGAUUAAAAUAAAAAUCACCUGACAAUAGUGUCAACCCUGUACAGCAUUUUGAAUAAUUUAUUUCAUUGUCUUAUACUAAAAUAAAGUUAAAGUUUUAUUUUUUACUUGCUGGAUGUUUUGUUCCUGAUGAAAUGGAUUUAGAGAAGAGCAGGGGCGUCAUUUGGGUAGGGCAGGGUGGGGCAUUUGCUCCUCCUGAAUUUCCAGGUUUUAUUUAAAUGCUAUGUACUGUGGCGCCUUCAGUAAUAAACAACGUAGCAAGCCGACCAAGUUUCCCCCGCCCCCCUUUGAAAAAACAUGAAAUGACACCCCUGGAAGAGAAUAAAAAGAAAUGAUUUUUCUUUCUGUAACACAAAAAAAGGCGUUGCUUGGUUUGUCUUAUCCCGGGGCGCGUGGUGGCAACACUCACCGAGGUCUGGGCGCCAUUCGAUCAGAGAAAAUGUUCGACCCUGAACAUGGUGGGAGGGAAGGGGCUCAACGCCUCAUCAUCGUCAUGACUGACGGGCACCCCAGGAGCUUUCAACAAAGUAGGUCAAUGAGUUUAUUUAAAAUAUACAUUACAGAAUGUAGGUUAACAUAUCAAUGAUUAUCUAAAAACAUAGACAAUGUAAGCCCUGAUACUGUAAUACUUUUAAUUAUCUACAGAAUUAGCGUAUCAGCUUACUGAUCCAGUGACAUAGUCAAGUAUUAAGAUAAGAUAAUAAAAAGAUAAGUUGUAAUUCUUUUAUGGAUCCUAAUAAUCUGAAAUGUGAUAUUAUUGAGUUAUUAAAAUAUUAAUUUUCAGCACAUUGAAUUGCAUAUUUAAAAGAGGGGGGACAUUUCAAGCUUAAAGAUAAGAUACGAUAAGAUUCUUUUAAUGAUUCAAUAAAACAUGAAUUGAAUCAUUAUUGUACUUCAUUUAGUGUCCUCGUUGAUUUUCUGCUAAGUUAGAGUGUUUAGUUGUAGUGUUUAGUUGUAGUGUUUAGUUAGAGUGUUUAGUUAGAGUGUUUAGUUAGAGUGUUUAGUUAGAGUGUUGAGUUAGUGUGUUUAGUUAGAGUGUUUAGUUAGUGUGUUUAGUUAGAGUGUUUAGUUAGUGUGCUUAGUUUGUGUGCUUAGUUAGAGUGUUUAGUUAGUGUGUUUAGUUAGAGUGUUUAGUUAGUGUGCUUAGUUAGUGUGUUUAGUUAGAGUGUUUAGUUAGUGUGUUUAGUUAGAGUGUUUAUUUAGAGUGUUUAGUUAGAGUGUUUAGUUAGAGUGUUUAGUUAGUGUGCUUAGUUAGUGUGCUUAGUUAGUGUGCUUAGUUAGAGUGUUUAUUUAGAGUGUUUAGUUAGAAUGUUUAGUUAGUGUGCUUAGUUAGUGUGCUUAGUUAGAGUGUUUAUUUAGAGUGUUCAGUUAGUGUGUUUAGUUAGAGUGUUUAGUUAGAGAGUUUAGUUAGUGUGGUUAGUUAGUGUGUUUAGUUAGAGUGUUUAGUUAAAGUGUUUAGUUAGAGUGUUAAGUUAGUGUGUUUAGUUAGAGUGUUUAGUUAGUGUGCUUAGUUAGAGUGUUUAGUUAGAGGAUUUAGUUAGAGGGUUUAGUUAGAGUGUUUAGUUAGUGUGCUUAGUUAGAGUGUUUAGUUAGAGGGUUUAGUUAGAGUUUUUUGUUAGUGUACUUAGUUAAAGUGUUUAGUUGGAGUGUUUAGUUAGAGUGUUAAGUUAGUGUUCUUAGUUAGUGAGCUUAGUUAGAGUGCAGCAUUGCUCCCAAAUCCUUUAUACCAGCCACUAUAUUUAUUUUAUCAUUUUCAAAACUGAAAUCAUUUUCAAGAUUGUUAGCAAGAAAAGAUUUAAACAACCUCAAUGUAUAAAAUGUUACUGUAAAAGGAUGUCAUGUUUCCAUACACAUAACUUCAUUGGGGACACAUUCAUUUUUCUCACAGCGUUAAAAGUAGCUCGGAAGCUUAAAGAUGAUGAUGUAACGAUCUUGACAGUAGCUGUUGGCAUGAAGCCAAACCUGGAGGAACUGGAGUCCAUAGCCAGCUGUCCGGAUUACGUCUUCUCUUUAUGUCAUUUCGGCCUGGUCGCAUGCAUCAAGACCGAGUUUUAUCAAAUGAAAUGUGACGGUCAGUCUUGUCUGUUUAAACCUGAUAAGAUAAGCACCCGUCUUCAUUCUUCCAUUUAAAUAUUUCAUAAGACAAACACAUGUUAUUAUUAUUAUAUUUACAAAUUGUAUUACUUUGUUUAUAGUAUUUUUAAAACGUUAAUGAUAUACAUAUAUCUAUUAUAAUUGUAACCAUGAUCCGUUUAUAUAAUGGAGACUUUUUUUCCAAAGAGUCUAAAUGUUUAGAUGCAGCAUUUAUUGAGUAAAUAUGCUUUUAUAAAAGAAACCGCAUGACCUUGUAUUAUUUUUGGAAAAGAAAAAUUGAAGUAAAAUUUUGACCACUUAUUUAUUUUUUUCAAAAAUGCUUAGAACAAGAUUCCUUGCCGGCAAAUUGUAUCGUUACCGCAUCCUCAUUGAUGACGACAAGCAUGGAAAGUUCUGCGACAAUUCUGAUCAGAGAGUAUUCGACAUUUUAUCUAGAGAGUAAGCCUACAAUUUUUCCAUCAACCGAGGCGCCAAGCACUUCCACUGCUGAACUGGACAUCGAUAGUGCGACAACUGCUCCUGAAAUACAGCAGUCUUCAACAAUGUCAAAUGAGGAUCCUGUAUCGGCUUCUUUCAAUUUACAGCCAUCUGUCUACACAGGGUCAAAUGUCCAGACAUCUCAUUCUAAACUGCAACCAGCUGUCACUAGAACUUCAACUGCAAAGACGUUUACAAUAUCCAAUGUCAAGGCCUUUACAACCAAAAUACAGCCAUCUCUCGCCAUAACUUCAGAUGUCGAGACAUCUACUCUCAUUAAAAUCCAUCCAUCUCUUACACAAACAACAAACAUGAAAACUUUCACGACCAAAAUUAAAUCAACUCUUACGAAAAAGCCAAAUGUUAAAACUUCUGUUACUGAAACACAAACUGUAUAUCUGACAAUCGCUCCAAGUGUCAAAUCAUCUCUUACUCUUUCCGGUGGUCUGACAUCUGCUUCAGAUAUCACAGAGCAGCUUAGCACUUCAGCUGAACUAUCGGCUGCAGAGAAAACACAACCACCUCUUACAACUUCAGUACUUGAGACAUCUUCCAGUGAACUACAACGAAUUCUUACAACUUCAGUACUUGAUACAUAUUCCAGUGAACUACAACGAAUUCUAACAACUUCAGUACUUGAGGCAUCUUCCAGUGAACUACAACGAAUUCUUACAACUUCAGUAGUAGAGACUAAUUCCACUAUAAUACAACAGCCACUUAUAACUUCAAUUAUUAAGAAAACUUCAACUGAAAUAACAUCAUUUCUUACAACUUCUGUACCAGGGACAUCCUUUAUUGAAACAGAACCACCUCUAACAACUUCAAAUGAUGAAAUGUAUUCCAUUGAAAUACAAUCGCCAAUGACAACUUCAAUAAUUGAUGUAUCAUCAAUUGAAAUAAAAUCCUCUAUUAAAAUUUCAAUACUUGAGACAUCUUCCUCAAAAGUACAACAGCCUUUUAUAAUAUCAGUAAUUCAGUUUUCGUCGAAUGAAAUAGAAUCAUCUCUUACUACUUCAGAAGCUACGACAAUUUCCACUGAAAUAGAACAAUUUCUUACAACUUUAGAAGCUAAGACAAUUUCCUCUCAAAUGCAACCAUCUCUAACACCGCCAGAAGUUAAGACAGCUUCCACUGAGAUACGACCAUCUCUUACAACUUCAGAGAUUAAGACACCAUCCACUGAAAUACAACCAUCUUUAACAACUUCAGAAGUUAAUAUACCUUCCACUCAAAUACAACAAUCUCUAACAACUUUAGAAGUUAAGACACCUUCCACUAAAAUACAACCAUUUCUUACAACUUCGGAAGUUAAGACAUCAUCCACUCAAAGAGAAACAUCUCUAACAACUUCAGAAGAUAAGACACCUUCUACUCAAAUAGAACCACCUCUUACAAUUUCAAGGGUUGAAACAACUUCUACUCAAAUGGAACUAGUUCUUAAAAUUUCAGAGGUUGAGACACCUUCUUCUCAAAUAGAACGAUUUCUUACAAUUUCAGAGGUUGAGACACCUUCUACUCAAAUAGAGCCAUUUCUGGCAAUUUCAGAGGUUGAGACCCCUUCUACUCAAAAAGAGCCAUUUCUUACAAUUUCAGAGGUUGCGACACCUUCUACUCAAAGAGAGCCUCUUGUUACAAUUGCAGAGGUUGAGACACCUUCUACUCAAAUAGAGCCAUUUCUUACAAUUUCAGAGAUUGAGACACCUUCUACUCAAAUAGAACCAUUUCUUACAAUUUCAGAGGUUGAGACACCUUCUACUCAAAUAGAGCCAUUUCUUACAAUUUCAGAGAUUGAGACACCUUCUACUCAAAUAGAACCAUUUCUUACAAUUUCAGAGGUUGAGACACCUUCUACUCAAAUAGAGCCAUUUCUGGCAAUUUCAGAGGUUGAGACCCCUUCUACUCAAAUAGAGCAAUUUCUUACAAUUUCAGAGGUUGAGACUACUUCUACUCAAAGAGAGUCACUUGUUACAAUUGCAGAGGUUGAGACACCUUCUACUCAAAUAGAACCAUUUCUUACAAUUUCAGAGGUUGAGACAAGUUCUACUCAAAUAGAGCCAUUUCUUACAAUUUCAGAGGUUGAGACACCUUCUACUCAAAUAGAGCCAUUUCUGACAAUUUCAGAGGUUGAGACCUCUUCUACUCAAAUAGAGCCAUUUUUUACAAUUUCAGAGUUUGAGACACCUUCUACUCAAAUAGAACAACCUCUUACAAUUUCAGAGGUUGAGACACCUAUUACUCAAAUAGAACAACUUCUUACAAUUUCAGAGGUUGAUUCAUCUACUACUCAAAAAACACCUCUUAAAAUUUCAGAGGAAGAGACACCUUCUAUUCAAAUAGAAACACCUCUUAUAGUUUCAGAGGUUGAGACACCUUCUACUCAAAUAGAGCAAUUUCUUACAAUUUCAGAG